AAGUCAAUGAAAAAACCAAGCCUUCAUACGUAUUUGCUCACGGUGCAGCCGGGUUUGCCAAGAAGGGUCGACCCGUCCUGGAAGACCGGGGUGAUUAUCGGAGCGUACAAGUGGGUGAAGAUGCAUAUUUCCAACGAGUAGACGGUUUGGGAGUUGCCGAUGGGGUUGGAGGCUGGAGUGGUGCCAGAGCUGCAAAUGUCGCCUUGUGUUCUCGAAAGCUGAUGCAUUAUUGUUAUCUUCAAAUGGAAAGAUUUGAUAAUGUAGAUGAUCCUUGUUUUUAUGAAUAUGAAAAAGCUGAUCCAGUAAAGAUUCUUCAGGAGAGCUACAGUGAAGCACUCUAUGAGGAACAAACAGAAGGAAUUGUUGGGUCAACUACUGCAUGCAUUGCUAUCUUGCGGCAUGAUGAGCUAAGGAUUGCAAAUUUGGGCGAUUGUGGGAUUUCUGUAAUCCGUAACAACAGCUACUUGUUUCGAAGCGAAGAACAGCAACAUUCUUUCAAUUUUCCUUACCAGCUUGGAACUGGCUCACCCGACAAACCUACAGACGCACAGGUCUUCAAUGUAAAGGUUGAGAGGGGUGAUAUCAUAAUCCUCGGCUCUGAUGGACUCUAUGAUAACUUAUUCGAUCGGGAUAUUCUGGCUCUUGUACGCACGCACAUCGCAGCUUACAUUAUGCCUGGAUCUGCGCAUCGGCCGCCACGACUACUCAAUUUUGAUCCACAGCAUCUAGCCGCAGCUUUGGCAGAUCGUGCAAAGUGCGUGAGUGAAGACCGGAGGAAUGUUGACAGCCCGUUUCAAACCCGAGCUAUCCAUGAAGGAUUUUAUUAUCAAGGGGGAAAAACAGAUGAUAUUACAGUUCUCGUGGCAGUUGUUCGAGAUAGUGAAGAUUCACCUGAUCGUAGACUUUAAACACAUACCAAUCAUCUAUCCCCUUGCUUUUCUCAUGGGUUUUCUUACUUGAAUCCAUGUAAUGUACAUAGAACCAAAUAAUAUAAAGAAGGAACCGGGCCAUGUUUUGCAGACAGAGAAGUAUUCUAUUGUCUUGGACUGUUUCUAAUCUGACAAUUUAGAUUAAAAUCAUACUUUAGAUGUUCAGGCAAGAAGUAUUAAAAUAAUAAUAAUAUAAUAAUAAUAAUAAAGUACAUAUACUAUUACCUCGGUUAUCAUCU